AUGGUUGUCAGUAGAGGCGUCUGCUUGGUGGCAUGUGCUCCAUCUGUGGAGGAUACUGAGCCGUUUUCGUCCUAUCAGGCAAGCGCCCCAGCUGCGUUUGCUGCAGACGAUAAGCGGAUACUAUACACUGGGGUGCCCGAUCUGAGACUUUCCUUUGACGCUCCCUUGAUCAACGGAUUGAUCAAUCUACCUUUUCCGGUCAGUCAGAACAUCAAUGGGGUGUUUGUCCCCUCAGAAGAUUAUGCACAGUUGGGGCUCUCGGUGGAACCAUUGUCGCCGACAAGAGCCAGAUGCAGCAUCAGCUGUGAUAUUUACGUGAUGAACACCAACUUGGUGAUGUGGUUUCCAUCUACCGGAUUUGGGUUGGAUAUUUUGUACCAAUCCAUUGUACUUCAUGCCUUGAACAGGGUAAGUGAGGAUGAGUAUUCGAUAUAUAUGCAGUUGGAACGGGGAGGAGUAAUACCGCUCGUUUCAGAUGAUGAGAGCUCCGUUGAGAUAUUCCUCAAGGCUCCAGCUAAUGUCACCAGCACCCAUUCGAACCGGCUGCUUCCCCAGUUUACCAGUCGCGAGCAUGUGAUGCUGCAGAUCUUCAACUCAAUCGGCCACUGUUCUUCUACUCACUUAGACUCGGACUCUGAUUCAGAAAUGGAUGGUCAGGUCCAGCAGUCUGCAUUUGGAGAUGUUCCAGAAGAUUAUGCUGAUGAAGAAGAACUUUCUGGUGCGGUUUUGUUUUCGCAGGGCGACGCAGACGACCUUGGAGACGGCUCCAUGGCGGACGAGACAAGUUUCGAAGCCGGGAUGAUGUUGGAUGCAAGAGAGAGUGGACGAGGAGUUGUGAGAGGAAGAGAUGAGGACGAUGGAGUUUUGAAUAGUUCCAAAACCAGGAGAUUUAUCUGA